AUGGCAAACAAAAAUGGAGAUGUGUUUUGGAACUCCUCGGCACGAUCCAGAUUCAUGCCGAUGUUUGUGGAAAGCCUUGUAAACGCCAGGUCGUCGAGGAUAAACGAAUACGGGAUUUAUCCAAAGCGAUUACAGCCAGCUGUCCGUGGUAACAUUGUCAAAUCGACUGAAUAUGCAGAGUCAUCCGGUCCCGUUUUCCGCGGUCGUUCAAAGGGAAUUUCACAGGCAGGUGGACACAGGCGUUCACAAGAGUUUUGGACCAAAGGUAGAAAUCCACGAUACUCCUUACAUGAGGCUCACGGUGGUUACAAAAUAACCAAUGUUGCAAAAGCAGUUUCAGCAACGGCAGUUACACCUAGCGGUCAGAGAGUACGUGUACCAAUUGAUAAAGAUUUCUAUGAGAUCCGGCGCAAGGAUCAGAUCAAGGAUACAAUGCCUAAGGAGAAGCAUUUCCACCUUUUAGAGUCAGAGUCCAUAGCCAGAUGUCCUCAAACCGGAAGUCCCACCGAGUCUUCAUCUCCUCCGACGGGUCUUAAAUUCCGACGAAGAACAGAAGAGGACUCGGACAGUGAAAGCGAGUGGCCGGGGGACGCGGAAGACGACAGCGACGCCGACCAGUGCUGUUCAAAUAAUAGCACACCAAGAUCCGUAGCUGAGUCAGACGUGAAUAAGGUGACGGGGGCAAAAGAUGCAAAUGCAAUUACCUAUUCUUACUCCAGUCAAGAGAAUGAUGGCAUGCCUACUCAGGAAUCAAUUGAAUAUCAGCUGAAGAAAAUGCUACGGUUGGGCGGGAGACAUGAUGAAUCAGCGAUCACAGACCAUGACUGUACAUACGGGACUAACGUUUAUAUUGGACAGAAUGUUCCCAGCUCAAACCAAGGACGUCACGGCAACGACACACCAAAUAACUGUUCUACCACUGACACUCCGAUUUCUACGGGGACAAUAGACUGUGAAAACCCAAGAAACUCGCAGAACACAGGCGAUUUCGUAGCUGGCGCUUUCAACGGUAACAAUGGCAACGAUUGUGAAAGUAGAAAUGAUCAAUCAAAUAAUAUUCUUACUGGUUCAACCCAAGAUUAUCAAACAUUGUUCGAUCAAAACUGUUUUGAAUGCAUUCGAAGUUACGCCGGUCUAGAAUAUAACGAAAUAGACAAAUGUAACUAUAACAAGCCCGUGGAUGCAAGAAAUGAGAACAGACAAACCCAUUUAGAGCCUUAUAGUUUUGACCAAGCUUUUCUCGAGCGUGGUUGCAAUUUUGAAAGCAAUCAAAAUUAUGCUUCAACAGAACAGGUCGAUUGCGUUCAAUGUACUGCAAAUGUUCAAAGACAAACAUACGAUGGUCUCGAGUACAACGAAGAAGAUAAUUGCCAUUUCUAUAAACGAAACAUCGAGCCCCACACUGAAACCGCAGGAUCUGUAAUUGUGCAAACAAAUCAGAAUGCCAACUUACACAAUCAAAAAGCGACCAAUUAUUAUGGUACGCAAGUCGGAUUUGGAGGCAGACCGGAAGUGACGUAUCUUAAUACAAAACCGGCGGACAUAAUGCCUACCCUCGUCACAGGCGAAGACGGAAGUACCUAUUACGUUAACAUUCCAGUCGGCGCUCUCGCCACGGCAACCCCCGAGCAGGUGUCACCGUGGGUAGAGUCGGUUCCCACAGAUGCUUCCCUUUUUCCGUCACAUUGGGCGGCGGUGGACGUCAAUGGAAACUUCAUUCACGCGGCAUAUGGCAAGGGAUACACGGACCUUGUGUACAUGAAUCUCAUAACAGACCAGAGCAACUCCAGCGGAAUGUCUUCCUUCCACAACGCUGCGUCUGACGGAAGUAUCAACUACGUUAACAUUCCGGUCGGUGCCCUCUCCUCAGCUACCCCCGAGCAGAUAUCGUCGUGGGAAGAGCCCGUUCUUCAGGAAGCUCCCCUUUUGUCGUCUUUACCGCAACAAACGGGAUUUAUACAUGACUCGUUCCGGACUGGUGGGUCGUCAGGAGGUCAUUUGGCAGCAGAAAGCGUUAGUGGAGCCCUAACGCACGUGACAGAUGCCACCCGCUACACUGACACUGUGCGCGCUGCGUCUGUUUCAACGGGUAAUCAUACUUUUAGCCCAUUUCACGAGUAUACGUACGUUGAAGAAAUGUCGCCAAUUCCUUCAAACAGAACGAUACCGGAAGCCUGGUCGGAAGCGAGGAGUAAACUUUCACAACUCGACUGCUCAACAAGUAUGUUUUUGACAUCAAGCCCGGUGAAGACAAAUGACAGCUCUGAAGAUAAGAAGCCUAGCAUUCAAUAUUUCAAUCCUUACGCAGCCGGAAGUAACGUAUGUAUUGAUCCUGAUGAUGGCCUUGCAUACCCUGCUCUCCACGUCACGGACGAUGGGCUUAUCACCGUCAUUCUGCGUAAGGACAUAUUUCUUGAGAUGACAACAGACCGCGCAAUACGUCUCGUUAAUCACGAGAAGAAACUUGUGGUCGCAUUGAAUGAGACCGGAAGUCAGGCAUGUCUUAUUCACCCAGCCGCUCGGAUCAGUCAAACGGAAACCAGUGUGCACGCGGAACUGUUUCUCGGCCGCCACGCGCGCAUGACGACAGAAGAAAUCGUAUUCGGAAAUCAGCAGGGCGUUUUCCGGUUUGAUUACAAUUGCGUGACGUCAGUACAAGAUUUGAAGACAGCGAACUUCCGGGACCUGUCGCAAGACGACUCUGUACACUUCCUGACGACGGAUUUUGGAUAUUUUAACAAGGACAUGGUGGUACGGAGCGAAGAGGUCACACAGCGGGCGUACUUCCUGAGACACCAGAACUACGGAAGUAAGGUCAUCAUAAACGGCCUGAAGAUUGUACAGACGGACAACGGGGAUGUUUCAGUGUACAGCGGACAGAUCCGGUUCAUGCGCAUGUGCCCGGAAACCUCCGUCUUACGUCUGAAGACGCAGUUUCUUGAGGUCGAUGUGGAACGGAACUGGCAGGUCAAGGUUACGCGAGGUGCGCAUGCACUGAAUGUCAGCCAUCUUGGAUUCAUCGUGUCAAACGGGCGCAUUAAAGCGUCUAUUGACAAGAGGAACCAUUUCCAGGCGUUUUCCUUGCCCGAGCAUGGUAAUUUGAUGUUAGGUCAACCAGUUCCCAAGAGAAAGAUGGCCGUAGAUUUGAGGAAAUCCUUGGCCGCUAAGCUUAUUGACGAAAAGACAAAUACGGCACAGGCCAUAGAUUCCAAACCAUGA